UAUAGUACACGCUGGACUGAACCGAUCAGCGACAACGAACUCUUUUCUCCCCUGCCAUCUAUUUCAUCUAUUCGCCGGUGCUGCAGGUGGCGCUGCUGCCAUUUACGUUUUAGACGUCUGAGUCAUCUAGCCCCACUUGCCUGGAUGAUUGUGUUCGGUGACGGUCUGCAUAACUUAAUGGAUGGUCUUUCAAUUGGUGUGGCUUUUCGAGAGCGAAUAGGCGCUGGACUUAGCGUCUCUUUAGGAAUUCUCUGCGAAGAAUUGCCUCACGAGUUAGGUGUAUAA